AUGGAAACAUUUUCGGCCGUGGCGCGAUACAAAGGUGAAGGACAUGUGCUUCAAUUCACCGUUUUAAGUUCAUGGGAGUCGGUCAUGGGUGAGAUAUGUGCUCGCUGGGCCGUAGAUGUUUCUCAAGUGAAAGUGAAAUUCGUAACGCCUGACGCAUACAAAACGCUUUGCCCAAUUAAUUCUGACGCUGAUUUUCAACGUAUGUGUCAUAUAUACCAUAGUUUCAAUAAAUUUGUCAUGGACAUCAUCAUUGAGGAUGUCAGUGUCUCUGCAGAUGGAAACUUGGCCUACUUGAUCCCAUUAGAAUCAUUAUCAGACAACGUCAACCCCAAUGGCGAUAGUUUUCUCUCCCAACAUAAUUCUUCUGGGGCGUGCAAAAAUGACAAACUUCGGGUAACUGUAAGGUGCGCUGCUCAGGAAUGGCAAUGGCGAGUGCAUGCUUUUAAAGAGGGAAUUCAUUGUGUGUUUCGGCUGAAGACAAUGCAAGCAACUCACAUUUGUGGUGAACGAAUUGGUACGACAGUCCACCCAAAAGCAAGCAAAAAGUGGGUUUCCGAACGUGUCAUGCAAAAAUUAAAAGAAACACCAUUAUACAAAGCUGUUGACAUACAGAAAGACAUAUUGCGUGACCACGGUGUUUGUUUUCCAUACAAGCCUGCUUGGAUGGGGAAGGAGGUUGCGAGGUCAGCGAUCCACAGUAGCGAGUUAAUAGCUAUGAUUUGCUUCAAUGCCAAGUAUGGCGGGAAAGAUGACAAUGACGGCCUAUUCCAUGUAGCAUUUGCUAUCGUCGACAACGAAACUAAUGAGAACUGGACUUGGUUUCUUGCUACUCUUGGGGAUGCCUUAUACGGUGAAGAUACCUAUGAUAAAAUUAUAACAUUCAUAUCAGAUCGAUCUAAGGGCUUGGUUCAUGCCGUCGCGCGAGUCUUCCCCUCAUCACCACAUGGUUAUUGCCUACGACAUUUGGAGGCGAACUUCAUGAAGACCAACUCUAGCCUUGUUCGUGAACUUGCAUGUCUAUCAGCCGAUGCACAAGCUUGGUUGAUGAAUAAGUCCGACGUUGAUCAUUGGUCAAACUAUUCAUUUAAAGGAAUGCGAUGGUGCGAGAUGUAUUUGAACGUGGCAGAGUCCUUCAACGCCUGGAUUAAAGAGGCACGACAUCUACCAGUAACAAGCAUGGUUAACUCUAUCAGGUUUAAACUUAUGAAUAUAGUUGGUCAUUCUACUGAUGACACAUACGAAGUCAUUGACAAUAACAACAAUGCGGUUAGCCUCCAGUCUCAUAGCUGUUCAUGUAGAAGGUGGGAAAUACAUGGCCUACCGUGCAAGCAUGCAUGUGUAGCGAUUAUGCAAACAGACACGAAUGUCCAUUCUUAUGUUGCUGAUUACUUCACAGUGGAAUGGUAUCAUCGGGCGUAUGCAAAUCCAAUAUCCCCUGUUCCCGACAGUGACAAACCACCUGACGACAACUGUCCACUACGACUUCGGCAACCAAUAUCAAAGAAACAGCUAGGACGUUCUAGAAAGAAGCGAAUAGAGUCACAAGCCUUCGAUGUCCGUGAAUUACAUUACAGCCAGUGUCACGAGGUUGGUCAUAACUGGCGAUCAUGCAAUGCAGUUAUAGCGGACUGA